GGCCGGGAGGAGGCCUGAUGCAGCAGGGAUGGCCCCUUCCUGUGCUGCUUUCCACGCUGCAUUCUCCGCUGCUCCUCUUCUUGCCAAAAACUGCAUUUGGAAUUUCUCAGCACAGAGACAUUGGCGGCCAUCCAUGUUCGAGCAGAGCUGUCUUUGUACUGGAUCCUGGGAGCUUUGAGAGACUGCCCCUUUGAUGAGCUGUUGAAACUGCAGCCAGCGUGGUGUAGUGGUUAGAGUGCUGGACUAGGACCGGGGAGACCCAAGUUCAAAUCCCCAUUGAGCCAAGAUACUUGCUGGGUGACUCUGGGCCAAUCAUUUCUCUCUCAGCCUAACCUACUUCACAGGGUUGUUGUGUGGAAAAAAUUAAGUAUGUAGUACAACGCUCUGGGCUCCUUGGAGGAAGAGCGGGAUAUAAAAUGUAAAAAUUUAAAAAAAAAUGCAGGCGAAAAGGGCUCCCUGGCUUUAGGCAGGCCACUGGAUCCUUCCGGAACAGGAAAGACUAUAAAGGACUUCCUGUUUGGGCUAGAACUUUGCCUAAGCAAUAAGGUCUCUUUGGCUCUGGUGUGUUCCUGUUUGCGACUGCUAUCUUUAGUUUUGACUACCUGCUUCCAUCUUGACCCCUGGCUUGACUCUUCAGCCCUGGCCUGGUUCUUGACUCCAGACUUCUGCCUCCAUUUCUGACUCCUUGUUGGACUCAUCGGUUUUGACUUCCGGUUUCCAUCUUGAUUCCUGGCUUGCUUCUUGGUCCUGGCUUGUGGCCUAACGCCUCAGUUUUGCUCUCUGACUUCCAUCCUGGCUUGCUUCUCAGUCGUGGCUUGACUCUCCACUCCUGGCGUCUGGCUUGAUUCCUCAGUUCUGACCUCCAGCUUCCAUCCUGAUUCCUGGCUUGCUUCUCAGUCCUGGCUACUGACUUGAUUCCAUAGUCCUGAUUCCUGGCUUGAUUCUCUGACUCAGGACUUGACUCUUCAGUUCUAAAUCCUGGCUUGACUCUUCGGUUCUGACUCCCCUGUGGUUGCUGCCCACAGCUCAGCCCUGACAAAUGACAGGGAAGAUUCCAGGAGGCGAUACGGAGACAAAUAUUACCAGCUGAAGAUGAAAAUGAAAGAGGAAGUCUCAACAGUUCCUGCACCUGGCAGAGAACCGGAAGAAUCCAGAAACAGCCUCCAUGUUGCCCAGGAGGGGACUGUGGAAGAGGGUCAGCGCCCCAUUAGACCUGAGCAGACUAAAUUGGAACCAGAAGAGAGGCAGCUGCAGUGCUGGGAAGCCCAAUGGCAGGAGUUCCUGAAGAGAGUAGAGUCCUCUCACUCUGUGUGGGGCAACACACAGCUGUCAGAGGCCAAGGCCUCUCUUGUUCUCUCUGAUAUCUGCCAAGGGCCACGUAGAAAUGGGGUGUCCAGACUUCUGCCAGCCUCCAUAGGUGGAGACCCAAAGGCCUCUGGGACCCUGAAACCUGGAGAAGAGGGCCAAAACGUGAAGGAGGAUUUUCUGAGCAAUGAGAGCAUCAAUGCUGAAGUCCAGCGCCAACGUUUCAGAACUUUCUGCUACCAGGAGGCUGAGGGACCUCGAAGGGCUUUCCGCCAACUCCAGGAACUUUGCCAUCAGUGGCUGCAGCCAGAAAGACACACCAAAGAGCAGAUCCUGGAGCUGGUGAUCCUGGAGCAGUUCCUGGCCAUCCUGCCCUUGGAGAUGCAGAGCUGGGUCAGGGAAGGCCAGCCAGAGACUGCCUCCCAGGUGGUGGCCCUGGCAGAGCAUUACCUGCAGGAGACCCAAAGAUGGCAACAGCAGGUGCUGGGAACAUUUGACAAGCUGAAUGCAAGUUUCUCCAAAUCUGAGCAGAUUCCCCUGGAUCCUCAAGAGAAGAAUCCCUCCUUGGAGAUCAAACAAGAGAGCAAUGGAUACCACAGCUUACUAGGAGGUGAUAUACUGGUGAAUGAGUGUGGCAAGGAACUACAGGGGAUGCCCUCAGAAAAAUCAGAGCAUGAGGAGGAGGAAGAAAUCCUUGGCAACCAACACAGACCAGAGAAGUUGAUGGAAAACGAGACAGAAGAGGGAAGGAAUCAACACAUUACUGGGUUAGGUAGUGACAGCUGCAAAAUUACAGCCCCAGAAAAAAUACACCAAGGGACUAGAAGGAAUACAUGCUCUAUUUGUGGGAAGAGCUUUACUCGAAAAUCGGGCCUCAAUAGACACCAAAGAAUCCACACAGGAGAGAAGCCCUAUGAAUGUGCAGACUGUGGGAAAAGCUUCAAUCGGAAAGCCAACCUUAUGACACACGAGAGAAUCCACACCAGACAGAAACCAUACCAAUGCUCUGACUGUGGGAAAGGCUUCAAACAUAAAUCAGGCCUUACUCUGCACCAGAGAAAUCACACCGGAGAGAAGCUUUACAAAUGCUCAUACUGUGGCAAAAGCUUCAAUCGGAAAGCAAAUCUGAUGAUCCACGAGAGAAUUCACACAGGACAGAAACCAUACACAUGCUCGCACUGUGGGAAAGGCUUUGGGCAUAAAUCAGGUCUUACUGGACACCUGAAAAAUCAAACAGGAGGGCAGUAUAAAUGCUCCACCCGGAAGAAGAGCUACAUUCGGAAAGCAGAUGUUUUCAGAUACAGGCUGCUGAAUGAAUGUGAAAAAGAACCAGAGGAUAUACAUCCAGAAAAAGCAGAGCAAGAGGGAGGAACCUGUGGAGAUCACAGACCAGAUAUGCAGGUAGAAAACCAAACAGAAAUGUGGAUGAAUGCAUCCACCACAAGUCUAGGGGGUGAUGUUUGUGAAACGACAGUCCUGCAAAUAUUAGAUGAAGGAAUUAACAGGAACACCUGCCCUGUCUGUGAGAAGAGCUUUACGACCAAAUCGAGCCUUAGUAGACACCAGAGAAUCCACACAGGGGAGAAGCCAUAUAAAUGCACAUGUUGUGGGAAGAGCUUUAACCGGAAAGCGAACCUGAUGUCCCAUGAGCUAAUCCACACAGAACAGAAAUCCUACAAAUGUUCCAGCUGCGGGAAAAGCUUUCGACAUAAAUCAAGCCUUCUGGUGCACCAGACAAUACACACAGGGGAGAAGCCGUAUGACUGCUUGGUCUGUGGGAAGAGCUUCACACAGAGAGCAAAUGUAGUCAGGCACCAGAGAAAGCACACCAGAGAGGAGCAAGAUGGCUGUGCUUCUCAGACUUCAAAUAGUUGAGGCACGGUUUAGAAACAAUAAUAAUUGGAAGAACGUUUCACUCUCUUACCUGGAAAAGCUGGGUUGGUGUCAGUGCCCUGGCAGAGCUAACUUCUCAUGUUUGUCCUCGGGCCUCCCCAUCCCUGGGAGGAUCAAGCCCAGCCACAGUUUGGUUGACCAAUGCCAUUCUCCACCAGUGUUCCCUGUAGUAAGGAUCCCCAGCUGUUGUUGACUACAACCCCCAUAAUCCCCAGCCUUAGGCCAUUGCAACUGGAGAUGCUGGGAGUUGUAGUCAGCAGCUGGGAAUCCCUGUUACAGGGAAAACUGCCCCCCCCCACACACACACACAGAUCCAGCGCUUCCAGUAUAGCAUCAUUUAAGAGCUAAGAGCAUGGGGGGGGGAGGUGAUUGCCACCAAUCACCCACCAUAUUUUCCCACAAUGCCCUGGAACAUGACAUUGACAGCGUUGUGAGGGGGGAAUGGCAGCUGCCAAGCCCUGCUGUCCCUGCUGCCACCAAGAUAAGCUCUGCCAUGGACCUUAGAAGGACCCAUGAACCAUUGAAGGGCUCUUGCUGUGGGCUCCCUGAAACCUGCAGCUGGCCCUCUCGAAGGCUUACUCAUUGUGUGUUUAAACAUGAAAAACUGCACACCCAUGUGCGACGCUUCUCUAUAACGUGCUGUUCUGGGCACUUUUACGUUGUUGUUUUAUUCUCCUGCUCUAUCCCAUUCCGCUCAGAAUGGCUUCUAGCAGGGGUUACCAACAGUGGAUACUAGUACCCCUAGCAUAUCCCCCCAGCACUCCCUAGCACUCGUAGAGCUACCAGGAGAUACUUGGAGCCCUGCUGCCUCUCCACGCUGCAGCUACGCAGUUUGUUCCCCUUCUGAGGAUUGCCAGCUUGAAGCCAACACGUUCUCAGCAAUGUGUCCCAUGCAGAAGGGGCAGGAGGAGGGCCCCUCCUCCUUUGCUCCUGAUUGGCUGGCUGUGUGCUGAAACUCAGCCUGAUUGACAGGCUUCAGUAAAUUAGCACUAAGGACUUCCAUUGAAAUUAAUGGGACAAGUAAACAUGUCCUAUUAAUUUCAAUAAGACUCUUAUGGAUGUAAGCCAGUUACUGUAGUAGGCUGUCUCCCUACCUGUAAUGAUUAAAUUUGUGCUUUUACGUGUAUACACAUAAAUAUUACAGUUAUGAGGCGGGCUACUCCAGUCACUGGCUUACAUCCAGAUUGUUACUCAUAAGUAGUCUUAUUGAACUUAAUGGGACAAGUUUACUUUCAGUGGAAGUGCUUAUGAGUAACUUAAUCUGAUUUUAAGCCAGUGAUUGGAAUAGCCUGUUUCAUACCUGUAACAUUUAAAUGUGUGUGCUUAAACCUUCAGCUCAGUGUGUGUGUGUGUGUGUGUGCGCGCGUGCUUAACACACACACAUACACACAGCUGAAGGUUUGCAACAGAAAGGGUGCAUUUGUUUAAAAAAGGUUGGGAACCCCUGGCUCAUAGCAACCCCCCCCCAAAAAAAAUUACUGUUCCUCUUGGUUGGAAGGAGGCCAGCCCAGAACAGUUACUUACACAGAGAUGCAAAAGCCAGCCUCCUUUGCAAGAGGGUAAUUGAUGCUCUGCUUGUAUAUUGGAAAUGAUGUUCCAGCCUGUGUUCCCUCUAAGGUGUGCCUCAUGUGAGCAUGCUCACACUUUUAAAAUCUCCGCUGAGUUGAUUUUGGAUCCUGCUCAGGUUUAAUCCGGAAGGUCCCACUCUGAAUAUACAUGCGCACACACUGCCUUGAUACUGCCGCCCAGAAGAAAACUCAUUCCUCACACUGUUGAAAAAAAUUAGAGAGAACACUGGUUCCAACUGCACCUGCCACAGAGAUUGGUAGAGUUCCUUCCUUGUGUGGAGGUAGAUUGGAAGGAAGCUAAACCGGGAGUCAUGCAAAGGCAUGGUGGGACAGACUCCUGUGUUUUUUUUUUCUUUUUCUUGUGGCACCCUUGGAGCUGCCCACUGGCACACUAGCGCCCUCUCAUGCUCCGUUUCAGGGAUCACUGCUGUAGAUAUAAUCAGAAUUUACAUCAUGAGAAAACUUUCCCUGAAGUAUAUCUCUUAUUAAACAUCUGAUGAUAUGCAUAGGGAUAGGAGACACAGUAAGUAUUUAAACUCUGUGGGAAGAAUAAGAACAUGGGGUGGGGUGGGGGAUGGAAUGGUCACAAUUUUUCUAUUCAAAUUUGAUCUGGUGAGACAUGUUCUGUGGCAAGUUCAUUGGUAUUAAUUUGCAACAGAUUAGCACAUCAUGAAAUUUUCAAUUUCACCUCUCUUACUUUGCAAUUGUGUGUCUAAGCUUGACUUACUGCUAGCCAAGUAUUAUUUUUUGUGGAUGUUUGUCAGUAACGUGAUGUUAUAAUAAAUGUACUCUAUACAUUUUUUAAAGCCUAA